UCAACGAAAUGUAAUUAGCGUCAACGAAACGAAUCGGUGGAUAUCGGUGUCGUUGUGCUUUUCUUUUUGUCGAACGACGUUUUCGCAUUUUAAACAGAAAUACAACCUACAAAUGGUGAUGGAAACAUAAUUUUAAUAAGAUGAAGUCCGUUGUGGCUUAUGUGCGCAAUCUUCUAGGUUGGUGUGAUGAUGACCCAGCCAUUAGAACAAGCUUCAAACGAGACAGGACGGAUGACGAUGUUUUGUGCGACGAGGCGCCGGCACUUAAGCGACUCAAGCAGCUGAGGAGCACCAAUUUCCCCGACAUUAUGUCUUCUAAUGAUGCCUGGGAAAAGAAGGAAAAACACGUUCGGUAUGUUCCUAUACAAGUAGAGAGUGGGCACCCUAGCACAUCAACCCCACUGGAGGCGAAUCGUUCAGGUGGCCGAGGCCGACCUGUGCCAUUGAAGUUAGUGGAUGUGACGGGACAUGAGCCAGCCACUCCACUGCGGAAGCCUCGGAUGCACACCCCAUUGCGACCAGUGAUGCAUGCUGUGGUUGAUGAUGAUGAUGACGACGAUGAGGAAGAGGUCACAUGGGUGGAGAGCAAGCCAGGAAAAUCUAAAAAACCUUCAGAAGUGUACAUAGAUCUGGAAGAUGAUGACCAUGACCCGGAGGAAACUGAGAAUGACGUCAUAUUCGUCAAGAAAGUCUCCGAUCCCCAGGGAAAACCCUUCAAAUUCUUUGUAACUAAAAACGAUAGAAAAGAACCUAAAGAUGUACCAUACUACAGGAUAAAUAGAAAAUUGAAUGAUAGACACUCCCUGUCACCUAGAAGUUACACUAAGUUUAAAGCCCCAGCCGGCAUCAUGAAAACUUAUAAGAAAACAGCCAUUCCUAAGUGGAUGCAACCACAGAAACCCUCGGCCUUCCCACGGAGUAGACUGCUAGACAUCAACGGAUCAAACAUUAGAUCAACACUAUCGGAAGUAUUCAAUUUAGACGAGAAGAGAAAUUACCAGGAGUUGAUUAGAAGAGUAGCAGGAACUACAAAACCAGUUUCAUUCUCCAAGCCAAUAGAUAUAGUAAAUAUAGCUGACGAUUCUGCAUCGUUCCGGAAUACGCAAAGAGCGCAGAGGAAGUCAUUAAAUGAAAUAAGAUUAGUUGAAAAAGGCCUUUUAGCGGAGCGAGAGGGUGAAGCAUCUAAAGAAUAUGACCCCAUUACAGUGGCAUCAAUCAACUCCUCAGACUCUGAAGUAGAAGUAGUACCUUCAGAGUCAUCAACUUCAUCUUCAGUUAGAAUCAACCCCAUUAACUCAUUAAAAGACUCGUACAGAGAUAAAGACGUGACCUCGACGGAUUGGCUCGCGAAAAUAGAUUCUAAGUAUAGAAAGAAAAGGCAAGAAACUCAAGAGAAGUUAAAAGAUGCGCGACGCGAAUCUGACAUUAUUUCUAAGGUUAACUAUGAACAGAAGUUAGCACAUUUAGAGCAUAAGUUGAAAUAUGAGUUGAGCAUACCGGAGAGUCUCAUUGAGGAGCCCCAGCCAACUGUGGAGCUUCCGGAGUUGACUCCGGAGCAAGAGAAACUGAUUAAUAGGGCCAUAGGCCCUGGACCGUCGGGUCAGUUGAUUAUAGAGAAAUUCAAUUUAAGAAUACACAGACGCGACCUGCAAACGCUGAGCGGCCUGAACUGGCUGAACGACGAGGUGAUCAACUUCUACAUGAACCUCAUCAUGCAGCGCUGCGAGGAGCGCACGGACCUGCCCAAGACAUACGCGGCCAACACCUUCUUCUACCCCAAGCUCAUGCAGAGCGGCCAGGCCGGCCUCCGCCGGUGGACCAGGAAGGUGGACAUAUUCGCGCACGACCUCAUGGUGGUCCCCGUGCACCUCGGCGUGCACUGGUGCAUGAGCAUGGUGGACUUCCGGACCAACAAGAUCCAAUACUUGGACAGCAUGGGAGGGAAGAACCAGGCGUGCCUCAACGCCCUGCUGCAGUACUUGAAGGACGAACAUCAGGAUAAGAAGGGACAGCCUUUUGAUGAUAGUGGGUGGAAACUGGAGUGUUUAAGUAAGGACAUCCCGCAGCAGAUGAACGGCAGCGACUGUGGCAUGUUCUCGUGCACAUUCGCCGAGUUCUCAGCCCGCAACGCGCCCUACUCCUUCUCGCAACAACACAUGCCCUAUCUGCGCCGCAAGGCCGCCUUAGAGAUCAUCACUGGCCGACUACUGCUGUAAAACUACUCAUAGAACACUGUAGUUAUCAUAAAUUGGACAGAUAGCAAACUAGUGAAGUGCAAAUGAAACACUGUUGGAAGACGGCCCUAGAGUUCAUUACCGGCCGGCUACUGUUGUAAAUCUAUAGAUUGUAACCAUCCAUAGUUUAUCCAUACUGAACAGGAGACUAGUGAAGUGAAUAAUUAAUACCACAUCUUAAGGAUGAGAUGAUAACAUGCCCUAUAUCUGCCGCAGGGCAACCUUAAAGAUCGUUACUGGAUGACUGCUGUUGUAGUCACAGAAGAUUGUAGUCAUGGCCUAUCCGGGCAGCAAACUAGUGAAGGAAAUAAUUCCACAUAUCAAGGACGAGAAAAUUACAAACAUACUUUAUCCCUGCCGUACUGGAUGGCUACAUAUGAUGCACACUAUGGGAUAAUGCAGUCUAUAUAGAAAACCAGAGAAAGUGUAUUUCCACAUUCCUUGUGUGAGGAAAUGGAAUGAGAUAAAUGAAUAAUGGAACCUUACUUACAUCAACUUUACGCUCCUAUAGUGACUCCAUCCAUACAGAAUACCAAUAAAGUGAAUGCCCAUUGUGGGAAUUCAUAUAGUGUUAUUUAUUUUCUUUAUAAUCUUUGUUGGAAUAAAGAUGUUGCCCAAUAUAAAAAACCAGUGAACUUACGGUCUAAAAUCUUUAGUGAAGUGAAUGUACCAUUGUUAACUGACUGGCAUCUAUGGCCUUUAUCCGUAAAGUGAAAGUAAAAUGAAACGCGUAAGUGAAGUGUUUUUCAGUAAAUUCUACUUAGAUUUAAAACAUUUGCCUGAAGUGUUUGUCAAAGUUUUUUAUCAGGAGCACUUUCUGUAGUUAAGCUCCUAUAAAAAAAAAUAUAAUUACGAUCAUUCUUAAUAAAACAAUUCACCUACAUAAUUCUCUAAUUUUAUGUAUGAUUCUUUCGAAAAUAUUUCAAGCUACAGAAAAUGCUUUGAUAGCUAAUCUUUCGUCAAAAACGCAAAUGUGGUACGUUCUACAUUGAACCAGUGAAGUGAUUUGACAAUAGGUGUGCAGAGGUUCCUAGGGUAGUCUAGGAGCUAAGUAAUAUGUAUUGUAUUACAGUAAGUGUAACAUCAGCAUUUAAUUUAUUUAUGGACUAAUCAGUCAAUUUCAUGUUGUAAACCACAUUAAAUGUAUUGCUGGUUAUAUUCUUAUAAGACAGUUGUUUUUUACUUUUAUGCACUCAGACAAACCUAUUCUGUUAUAUUAAUUUGAGGGCUAACUAAAACUUCGGAAAAUGGUAAAUUUAAAACUCAAAUCUGUACUAAACUAAAAGCACAUAGGUACUCUAGCAGUAUUUAUUAAGACACCUUGAAUUUCAGAAGCAUAAGUGUUAAAUAAAGUGCUUCUAGUACGGAAAGU